AUUGCAAUCACAUCUCCAAAUACUGUGUUAGGUGAGACAAUAUACCUGACACGCAAAAGUUCCAUUUGUGCUUUAUGGAACACAUUCAUUGACAGCGAGACUCGAAUCAUUGACUACCAUUUCUCAUUGUGUUUGGAACACGAUAAACAUAACUGUCCUAUCUCAUCUCGCGACCUCAACAAUAGAACAUUCAUAUGUAUCGAAGAACCACCUAUUACAGAAGGCCAGAGUUAUAUCAUAAGAAUUACUGCAACAAACCAAGUUGGUCUCAGCUCAACAGCAGAUUCUGCAAAGUUUAUCAUCGAUACGACCGAGCCGGAUGUUGGGGAGAUAACUGCAUUGAAUCCUUUGGGAGAUGAAUACAAUUUUGUCUCGUCUGCAAUCCUGGCCCGCUGGCACGGUUUCAUUGACCUCGAGACUGGGGUCUCUGGUUAUUCAUUAUGUAUCGGGACAGAACCUGCGUUGUGUGAUGUAACUGGAUUGGUUUCUGUAGGAAAUGCGUCAAGCUACACUUGGUAUAACCUGAGUUUGGUCCACGAUGAGGAAUAUUUUGUGUCUCUAAAAUGUGGAAACAAUGCUGGCUUAUCUACGAAUUUUACAUCCUCACAACCAAUUUCUGUAGACACGACAGGUACGCUACUGACUUACACAAUGUAUUUUUCACGUACACGCGUAAAAACGCACAAGUUGUUACAGGUCUGCAAACAAGUUGUUACAAAUCUGUUCACAAGCUGUCGACAAGUUGUGUUCGCACUGCUUGUUCCCAGUUGUUCUAACAAGUUUGGAACAAGCUGUUAACAACUUGUAACAAGCUUGAUGGCAUUAUCAGACUUGUUACAAGGUUGUUCUAGCAGGUUUGAUACAGUCAUAGCAAGAAUGUUACAAGGUUCUGGUUGACGACACAAGGUUGUAACAAUAGUGUUAUAUCAGGACUGUAUCGGACUUGUUGGAACAAUACAACCAACCCAAUAUCAACAAGGUUAUUACAAGUUGUCAAUGUUCAGCUUGGUCCGAACAUGUUGACAACUUGGGACAAGCAGUGCGAACACAACUUGUUGACGACUUGUAGGCAGACUUGCUACAAGAUGCAAGACAGCAGCUUAUUGUAGAAUACUACAUAGACUGGAUAAACAUUUUGCACGCAUAUAUUAACAUGCUUGAUUUUCUUAUAGCUCCACCUCUUAGUAAAGUUCUGGACGGUUUCGAGGAAUCAAAAGACAUUGACUACCAGCAAAGCCGUAGGCACGUGUUUGCCACGUGGUUCAACGUUGAAGACCCUGAAAGUGAUGUCAUCACCCUUACAUGGUGUAUCGGAUCCAGGCCUCGAUCAUGUGACCUCAAAGUCAGUACCUUAUUAGAUGUUUCUGCGAGUAAAAUGUCGACAUACCUUAACCAACCAAUCAAAAACGGGGGUAGGUAUUACGUCACACUCAAAGCGACCAAUGGUGCAGGUUUGACCAGUAUUAUGGUAUCUGAUGGUGUUAUAGUUGAUUACACACCACCAAGUGCUGGGAUGGUUAUUGAUGAUCAAGAUGUUGAUAUUGAUUACCUCAAGGAUGGUGAUACAGUUUAUGCUCGAUGGUCAGAAUUUGAAGAUGAUGAAAGUGGUAUAAAAUCUUACCAGUUUGCAUUAUGUGAGAAAGAAAAUAUAACCGCUUGUCCAACGGCGUUUUCAGACACAGGCCUACAGACGAAUAUAAGUUUGUCAGGUUGGUUUAAUUUCCUUGUUCUUGGUUCAGAUAUUGGUGUGCGGUAGCUCAGACAACAAUUUCUUUCGGUCAGAUGUUCGAUGACUUUGAGUUUCGGGCGGACAUAUGUAUUGUGAUGUCCGAUGACUUUGAGUUCAGUUUGGCUUGGAAAUAAGUAUGAAUGCAGACACAAAUGAAUAUUAGCAAAUUUUGGAAAAGUCAUUUGAAUCUUGGCAAUGAAUUUCCAAACCCCACUGUGAAAACCCCGCAUUUGAUUACACAUUUCCAGUUCAUUUUUUAUCUCCAUUUAGUAUAAUUACAUAGGUGAUUAUUGAAAAUUCUCCACGCUGAUUGGUUGCCAUUGAGGUGAUUAUUACGCGAUAAUCACCUAAGCGAUUUUCAAAAUGGCGGCCGAAGCCGUUUUGUCAAUUAAAUGACGAAAAAAUGUGUAUUUUUUAUUUUUUUCUAAAUAAUCACCUAUGAAAUUAUACUAAAACAAUUAUUGACCUCAGGCUCGGUGAUUAUCGUGAAUAAAAACCUCGACUUCGUCUCGGUUUUUAUUCACCGAUAAUCACCUCGCCUUCGGCGAAUAAUUGUUAAUUAACAUGCGAGCCUAGUCCUGGACUACGGUACAUUUUGAUUUACGUUGGACAAAGUUACACACCGGACACCAAUUCUCUUGGUUCGGACAAACAAUAAACCUCAGUUUCACUUAGGUCAGACAGAAUGUCCAGUGGUUUCCUUUCUACGUCGGACAAUUUCACGAAUGGGUCGGACAAUGUCCGUGACCAAACGAUAUUCUAAGGCUUGCAGUUGGUGUCAGCGUGAGAAGGUAAAUUAUUUUCAUUAACCUUUUCUUUAGGCACGGAGUUACAAAGUGGUCUAGAGUAUGUGAUAAUAGUUCGUGCUACCAAUAUGGUUGGUUUGCGUCAGCAGGCGACGUCAGAUGGAUUUACAGUGGACGCAACGAUACCAGUCUCAGGGCGAGUCGUAAUUGUCAACCCAUCACCAAGCAAUUUCGAUAUCCAGCAAAUUACAGCUAGGUAUGGCACUGUUAAAAAAAGCCCGUAAUUUUACAGUAAAAACGGUACUGACAGCAGAGAAUGUAAUCUAAUUUUACACAGACUGUUUUUUAAACCGAAGUCUGUAUUUAUACCAUAAAAAGGCGCACCGUAAUUUGCAAUUACAGUGUAGUUACUGUAAAAGAUUACCGUCAAACACGUGUCAAAUAACUGAUUUAUUUUUAAAUACUGUCCAUUAUACUGUAAUUUACGAUUAUAGUAUACCUACUGUAAAAAAUAACAGAAUAUACACCCUUUUCAUAAAUGGCUGCCGAUUAAAAAUUCUUUUUUGUGCAUAUAAAUAGGCCCAACUAGCCUCGUUUCUGGGCAGAAAUUCCUUUGAAAUUUAACAUGAGUACGAGGCUAGUUGGGCCAAUUUAUAUGCACAUAAAAGAAUUUUUAAUCGGCAGCCAUUUAUGAAAAGGGUGUAUUAUUCGGUAAAAACCGCAGAUAUUUUUAACAGUGUAACUUUUAUUUUGGAUGUACAAAGCACAAUAGGACAUGUGCCACGCUGUCACACAUGUGGAAGAUUCGUAUAUUUUUUUAUUUAAGACGCGCUCAAAACAUUUCCACUUGGUUAUGACUAUAUUUCAUUUUUCUAAAAUUUUUUAUACGUUUCUCAAGCGGCAAACAAACUUUCAAACACUCAUUAAUAAUUCAUAAGCUUAUUGGCAAAUCAUGUCAACCAUAAUAUGUCACGUGCAGUGGCUUUAAACCUGAUAAAACACCCCUAAUUAGUAUUCUUUAUAUAAAAAAUACUAAUAAGGCAGUAUCUAUUGUGGUGGUGUCCUCAUUAGCAUAUCUAUUGAAUUUGUAGUCGUGUUUGAAGCCGUUUAAUAAACUCGCAGGUCGUGUUUUAUUAUUUCUAAAGCCACUCGCGCUGCGCGCUCGUGUCUUUAAACAUAAUAAAACACUCCUGCUCGUUUAUUAAACAGUACUUAACAAACUUAAAAGGUAUGUUUAGUGCUUUAUCUGUAAAGUAAUGCUAAAAUGAAGAUUUUUUAGAUGGUACGAUGUCUGAAGUUCAAGGCCCUGUCACACUAUUGUGUAUGAGAGAAACGUAUGAGAAGCGUAUGAAAAUUAAUGAAAUAAUUUUCAUACGCACAAAAAUUCUUUGAAAUGCCAGCGUAUGAGUACCGUACAUCUGGCGUAUCUCUAGCGUGUUCAGCGUGUGCCUAGAGUAUGCUUAUCGUAUAAACCAUACGUCCGAAUACGAACAAAAUUUUCGAGCAUGCUUCUGCCUCGCCGUAUGCCACCGUAUGCGACCGUGCUUGAAACGUAUACUAUGCCUAACGUAUACCCCUAGCGUAUACCGGCGUAUGAGUGAUAUUUUUCAUACGCUGGCAUACGCUAGUAGGAUACGCAAUAGUGUGACAGGGCCUUCAGUAUGUAUUGCUUAUAUUGCUGUAUAUAAGUAUGGCGUCAAUUUUACAGCAUCAAUGAUUAUCACAUUUAAAUUGACAAUAUUUAACUAUUAUUUUGAGUUUCUCAACCGCCAGAUACAUGUAAAAAGGUUGUUAACUGUGUAAACUACAAAAUAAAGCUGAAACAAAGUAAUUCUGAGAGGAACGCCAAAAAUAUUUUAGGUUUUGAACAUUUUUCAUCGCAAAUACACGGCAUUGAAAACAAUUGCCUCUUUUAAAAAAUUGCACCGUGUAACAUGGCCUUUAUACUAUAUAAUUUUCAGAUGGGAGAAUUUCAUGGACGCAGAAUCAGAUUUAUCUCAAUAUGAAAUAUGCCUUGGGACAAGCCAGGGAGAAUGCGAUGAGAUUGACUUCCGCUCUGUUGGACUGAACACUACUCACAAUUUCACUGAGCUCAAAUUACGUCAUCAGGAAACAUAUUACGUCACACUAAAGGCAAUUAACAACGCGGGACUGUCCACGCAAGUGACUUCAGAUGAAAUAAAGAUUGAUGUCACUCCACCACAACCAGUAAAAGAGAUGAGUGGAAUUUCAUUGGAUUUGGAGGAGAUUUGUAGUGAGACCUCUGGUGGAUCUUGUAAUACGACAAGUACAACAUCAGGUAAAAUUAAAAUUAUUGUAUUUAUAUUGGAUAGCUCUACCAGUCGUAAACUGUUCUUCCUAGAGGUUUAGCAAGGACCGUCUCUUAUUGGUCCAGUGUUACUACAGGAGGAAACCUAAACUAAACUAACUUUAUUUGUACUGGAUAGCUCUAUCAGUUCUAAACGGUUCUCCCUGGAGGUCCGUAAGGAUAAUCCCGUAUCGAUCGAAAACUCAUAUCCUCUUAAGGUCCAUACACAUCGGACGCGAUUCGACAACGCGACUCGAUUUUUCGAUUUUCACUGAACGAUAACUUUGAUCCUAAUUUAAAUUUUCCAAAUAUUUAGAAGCGUUACAACAUUUUGAGUUAUUUGGUCUACAUAUCUUUUAAAAUUUGCUCUUAUUGGCUGUUUUACUAACUUUCAAAAACCAAAAAAUCGCGUUGCGUUGUCGAAUCGCGCCCAGUGUGUAUGGACUUUUAUUCUCGUGCUAUAUACUCUACAGCUUUUUUCUUUUGACUCCUAUCAAUAAUCAGCGUCCGAUCAUAUCAGAAAAAGCCCUGAAACAAACAAAAACAAACAAGCAAAACAGGCAGGCAGGCAGGCAAGCAAGCAAACAAACAAACAAACAAACAAACAAACAAACAAACAAACAAACAAACAAACAAACAAACAAACAAACAAACAAACAAACAAACAAACAAACAAACAAACAAACAAACUGACAUAUUGCUUCUUAACCUUUAUUGUUUUAGAAACGAAAACCCAUGUUUCUAUAGAAAUUUCCUGCAGUAGUGGCUUGGUCAAAGCUUCGUGGUUGAAACAUGAAGACAAAGAAUCAGGCAUAGCCAAAAUUGAGUGGUGUAUUGAAAGUGUUGACAAUAUGUGUAAUAUACAGCCUUGGGAGACAGUACCAACAAACCUACAAACAAAAUCUUCUAUCAUUCAUUCACUUUCGACCUUAACAAGUAUCCAAGCUGUGGUUCGUAUUUCAAAUGGCGUAGGAAACACUGCAUUGCUUAAAUCAACCUUGUGCAACCCAGUAAAAACAUUCCCUCCUAAACUCGAUGUGGCCGAAGUAAAGGAUUUGAAUGAUACUCGGACUGAUAUAGACUACCAGACCGACACUGAAGCGAUUAUAGUCACGUGGUCGUCGCCAAGCAACGUGUUGUCAUACUCUAGUAUCCAGGCUGCGCUAACCGAGCCGAAAGAAAACCUAAAUGUAACCGAGUCUCUGCUUCAAAAAUGGCGGGGAGAACCGUUUGCUUUUGAAUUCGUGGACAUUCCACGAGGAAAGACGCACAUUCGGUUUAGUGGUGAUAGGAUAAAGCCAUACACGAAGUAUCGACCCGUCGUUAGACGCUGUGACAAGGUUGGACUCUGUCGAGAUUCAGUUGGAGAUGGAGUUGUGAUUGUGCCAGACGCACCCCCUGAUAUACAG